AUGCUUGCAGGCUACCGCUUACAAGUCGUAGAACACAGAAGUGAAAUCGGUUGCGCUCGUGAGCAGGCCAUGAAACGCAAGAAUGCACUUGCCAGCAUCGUUGAGUCGAAGAAUGUAUUCACGAUCAUCAACGCCCAUGCACGCUUCCUAUACGGCCGCGAUAAGACUUAUGAUGUCGUUGUUGCCCAAGACGAUGAUGAAGACAUGGUCUUUCUCAUCGGCUACACGGAAGCAAGCACGCGUCUCAACACCGCUGGUGAGAUUGAGGUGGUGAAGAGCAAAGGGACUAGGGACUACUCAGGAGAUGGAAGUCAGCUGUAUAGCGAACGACUGUACUGA